ACCCGCCCGGGGUACGGUCACGUGACGGGGGAGCGGCGCGCGCCGACCGCGGCGCCAAUUGGCGAGAGGCUGGAGCGCGGGGUUUCAUGGGAAGGAGUUGGCCCGGCCUGUCUCUCAGUCAGUGGCGGCUGCUGCCUGCUCUGGAGGCAGGCUGGGCGGUGGCGGCCGAGACUGGCGGGGGUGGACGCCCGGGCCGGGCUGCGCCCGCUUCUUGCAGCUGUGAAUUCCUUUGGACAAUUGAUGAUAUUUAUCAUUGUGCCCAGUUUCUACAAAUAAAAGAUGGGUGGAUUAUUUUCUCGAUGGAGGACAAAACCUUCAACUGUAGAAGUUCUAGAAAGUAUAGAUAAGGAAAUUCAAGCAUUGGAAGAAUUUAGGGAAAAAAAUCAGAGAUUACAAAAAUUAUGGGUUGGAAGAUUAAUUCUGUAUUCCUCAGUUCUCUAUCUGUUUACAUGCUUAAUUGUAUAUUUGUGGUAUCUUCCUGAUGAAUUUACAGCAAGACUUGCCAUGACACUCCCAUUUUUUGCUUUUCCAUUGAUCAUCUGGAGCAUAAGAACAGUAAUUAUUUUCUUCUUUUCCAAGAGAACAGAAAGAAAUAAUGAAGCAUUGGAUGAUUUAAAAUCCCAGAGGAAAAAAAUACUUGAAGAAGUCAUGGAAAAAGAAACUUACAAGACGGCUAAAUUAAUUCUUGAAAGGUUUGAUCCGGACUCAAAGAAAGCAAAGGAGUGUGAGCCGCCAUCUGCUGGAGCAGCUGUAACUGCAAGACCUGGACAAGAGAUUCGUCAGCGAACUGCAGCUCAAAGAAACCUUUCUCCAACACCAGCAAGCCCUAACCAAGGCCCUCCUCCACAAGUUCCAGUAUCUCCUGGACCACCAAAGGACAGUUCUGCCCCUGGUGGACCCCCAGAAAGGACUGUUACUCCAGCCCUAUCAUCAAAUGUGUUACCAAGACAUCUUGGAUCCCCUCCUACUUCAGUGCCUGGAAUGGGUCUUCAUCCUCCAGGUCCACCUUUAGCAAGACCUAUUCUCCCCCGAGAACGAGGUGCUUUGGAUAGAAUUGUUGAAUAUUUGGUUGGUGAUGGUCCACAAAACAGGUAUGCACUUAUAUGUCAGCAGUGUUUUUCUCAUAAUGGCAUGGCUUUGAAGGAAGAAUUUGAAUACAUUGCUUUUCGAUGUGCCUACUGUUUUUUCUUGAACCCUGCAAGAAAAACCAGACCUCAGGCUCCAAGACUUCCUGAGUUUAGUUUUGAGAAGAGGCAGGUGGUGGAAGGUUCAAGUUCAGUUGGUCCCUUGCCAUCAGGAAGUGUGCUUACAUCAGACAACCAGUUUAAUGAAGAAUCUUUCGAACACGAUGUUCUUGAUGAUAAUACAGAGCAGACAGAUGACAAAAUACCAGCUACAGAACAGACAAACCAAGUGAUUGAAAAAGCAUCUGACUCAGAGGAACCAGAGGAGAAACAAGAGACUGAGAAUGAGGAAGCCUCAGUGAUUGAAACCAACUCCACAGUUCCUGGAGCUGAUUCUAUUCCUGAUCCUGAACUAAGUGGAGAAUCUUUGACGGCAGAGUAGUAAAUGCUUCCACGUGCCUUCAACUGGAUAUUUAUAGUCUUAUUGAUGUCAGUUAUUGCUUUUUCGGUGGCACUUACUUUUUUUACCCCUCUAAGGGUAUGCUUGUGUAUCAUUUGAAUUCAGAUUGCCUAGCUAUUUGAACAUCUCAAAGUUAUAUAUACUAGGUAUUAAAAUUAAAAGUAAGUUAUAUCAGUGAAGUAAGAUGCUUUUGAAUAUACAAAGACCCACACUAUUGAGACAGCUUUUAGAUACUUUUUUGUCCAUUCUAAAAGUAAGCAAACAUGAUUGCCUUCUAGUUUCCUGUAUAUAUAACCCAUAAAUAUCCAUUUUGACAUAGGAAGAACUUUGGUUAAGAGUAAGUUCUCUAAUUGUGUUUGUUUUAAGGAAUGAAACUUGGUUAAGAUUUUGACUACUUCAUUAUAAAAAUUGAUAGAAUUUUAGCUCCUGAGAUAUUUACAACUGGGAGAACUGUCUAUUUAGGUGUUUACAUUAAGCGGUAUGAAAGUUGUUACCACAUAGGCACUGGUACGAAUUCUCAAUAAGAAUGCAGUGGAACAGUUAAGUAGAACUGUAACUACGUCGGCACUGGUACGAAUUCUCAGUGAGAAUGCAAUGAAACAGUCAACUGCAGUGUUUCUUUUUGAUGUCUUUUAUUUUACAACUGGGCCAAAGGCACAUGAUGUAUAUAAUUAGUUUAUAUUUACACACUAGCAUAUAGGAAAUAUUUCUGCACUUGACCCUAUUUGAAUUCUGAGCAUUAUUUAUAAGUAUAAAAUGAUGAUAUAUAAGUGAAUUUUGUGCUCUUGUUUGUAUUUUAUUAAGGAAAAUGAAAAUAAUCUGGCAUCAGUUUCAUUUUGCUAAAUAUCUAGUCUUCUUCAAACAGUAUCUUGGUGGGUGACUUGGCUACCUGAAAAAUCUUAGGAGGAAUAGCUCACAAUACAAUAAAUCUGUAGAUUCUGCUUAGAGCAAAUUAUGGUACUUUUAUUCAGACUUGUUUCCUUUCUAGUUAACAGAAAUAGUGACAUUUAGAGGUUUUAAUCAGAAGUUAGGUUUUUCUGAUUCAGGAACAUCGUAGGCCAGCCAUUUGUAAUUUUUAACUUUGAGAAACAAAUUUUGUGAGAAUAGGUAGUGGGUUGCUGGUAGUUAAUUGGAUUUAAUAUUUGUGUUAAGGAUUAACUGGAAAAAAUGUGUCUCAGUGCUAAUUCUUGGACCUUUAAUACAGUGUGCUUAUCUGUUAUGACCUCCUUUUAUCUCUCUUCUCCAAUAUUAAAAAAAUGGAAAUCAAAUUAUUAUGCUGAAGAGAAAAAUAUACCUGUAUAAGAAUGGUGUGUUUGGCUAAUGUUUCUAAGUUGCACACAGUUUAUUAACAACUGAACAAAACAUUUUUAUCAUUUAAAAAUCUAUUUUUAUGAUUUAAUAUCUCAUAUGUGACAGUUUUUUUUUUUUUUUUUUUUUUUGGAACUCAAUCUGUUAACAGUCUGGGACAUCCGGUAUAGUAACCAGAGUUUUUGAGCCUGCCGUAUUGGGCUUAAAUUUCAGGUCUGUAGUCUUGGGCAAGUCACCUAUAAACUCACUGAGAUUAUUUUUUCAUCUGUAAAAUGGGAAGAGUUAUGUUUAUUUUUGAAGGGUAUUAGGAUAAUUAAAAAUAAUGUAAUGUGCCUAGCACACUACCUGAAAAUGAUGGCAUUUGUUCUUAUUAAUGUCUUUAAAAUAUGCAAGGACCAUAAGUUUUUCCUCUUGCAGAUGAGGAAAGUAAAAAAUAAUACGAACAUGUAAUUCAGCUUCUCAGAUUCAAGCCAAUGUUUUUUGCAUCAACUUUUCUAUAUUGUAUGUAUGUAUAUAAAUACAUAGAUUAAGGAAAUAGGAAACUGAAACUCUGUGGAAUAUAAUCUUUUUAAAAAUAAUUUCAUCAGGUUUUUUGUAUGUUACUGACCCAUAUGGAUUUUAGUAACAUCUUGCUUAGUCAUGUUGUUAUAAAACAUUCAAAUUCUGAUAUACAUUGCUUGAAAAUGAGUGAGUACCUCAGAGAAAUUUGAUAGACUCAAGCAGAUAGUAUGAGAAAUAUCUUUGAAAGAAAUAUGGAGGAAGGUUAAAAGGGGAUUAGUAAAAUUAAUGCGAUAGGUAACAUGUUUGUAACCAUAUAGUAUCCUUUUAGAUACAAAAGCUUAUUUUCAUUAUUAUUAUAAUAAACAGUUAAUGGUUGAAACAUUAGUAAAAUGUCCUAUUUCUGAUUAUUAAGACUAGUAUAAAUGAGAAAAUCCAAGCUAUUAAGUACCAUUAGCUACAGUGAUCUUAGCUUCCUUGCUUACAAUUGUUCAGUGGGUCAUCUAAAUUCUUCUGUGUCCUGAGCAUGAUCUACAAACAUGGUCUAGCUUCUGUCUCUCCGUCUUCCCGCCAUCAUUGUGCUGUAGCCAUAUGGAACUCCUUUCAGUUCUCUGACCAUGCCCUUUCCUGCCUCAGAUUUCAGCUUAAAUUUUGCCUCCUCAGAGAGAUGCCUUCCCAAACUCCCCAUCUAAAGCUGGCCUCUGCCUUUUACUCCCUAUCAUGUCACUCUCUGCUCACCAUCCUUAUCACAAUGUGUAUUUGAUUUGUUUGGUAGUUUACUGUCUUCACAACAUAAUGUCCGUUUGUGCAAGGGUCUUAUUUUUCUUAUUCAUGUCUGUAUCUCAAGGGGUCUAGCACAAUGCUUGAUGCAUAUUGUGUGAAUAAAUACUUUGUUGCCAAAUCCAGUGAAAACUCUCAGUUCUUGUUUCACUGCUUGGCAGUAUUGACAUUAUUGAAUAUUCUCUGAGAUACUUUUUUUCUUUUGGCUUUUCACAUAUCACACUAUUAUUCUCUUAUUUCUCUGGCCUCUUGCUCUCAACGUCCUGUAAGUGUUGGUGUUCCUUAAGUUCUACCUAGUGUCAUCAUUUCUUCAUUCUGCAUAUUCUUUCUCUAGGGGUUCUUCCCAACACCAAAGGACUUACCAUCUGUCUCUCUGAAUCUCAGAUCUCCAGCUUUGAUCUGUUUCCUUUACUUUAGAGCUAUAUAUUUGCCUGCCUACUGGCCUGUCUCUCACAAUCCAUAUAUUCAAGAAUGAACACUAUACUUUGCUUCAAACCUUCAGAACAUUCAAACCGUUUAUGUUUCUCAUCUAAUCAAAUAGAGUUACUCUCUAAGCCAGAAGCUGUAAACUCAUCUCUUUUCCCUUUAUUCAAACUGUCAAUUUUUGUCUCCUAAACAUCUUCUAGUUAUAUUCUCAUUUCUCUGUUCACAUUGCAUUAAUCAUGAUGAUAAAUAUUUGCAUUCUUAUUCUGUGCCAGGCAACAUGCUAACUGCUGUAUAUAUAUUAUUUUAUUUGUACUUUGGCAAGAAUCCUGUGAAGAUUUUUAUCUUUGGACUACUAGAAGAGAAAGCUGAGUUGUAGAGAGAGUAUGUAUUUAAGUCCAUUUGGGCUGCUAUAACAGAAUACCACGGACUGGGUAACGUGAUGAACAAAAAUUUAUUUGGCUCACAGUUCUGGAAGCUGGGAAAUCCAAAGGCAUGAUGCUAGCAUCUGGUGAGGGCCUUUGUGCUUUGUCAUCCCAUGCCAGAAGGCAGAAGGGUAAGAGAGGGCAAGAGUGAGCAAGAGAUGGAAGUUGCAACCUCAAGCUCUUUUAUAAUGAGCAUUAAUCCAUUCAUGAGGGCUUCACCCUCAUGACCUAAACAUCUCCAUUAGGCUCCACCUUCCAAUGCAACAGUUAGCAUAAGUUUUCAACACAUGCUUUUUGUAGCAUUCAAACCAUAGCAGGAAGCAACUUUGCUUAAAAUUGUAUACCUGGUAAGUGGAAAAUGAGGGAUUUGAACAUAGGCAAAUGACUUCAGAGGAUUUACUCUUAAUUUCUGUUGUACUGCCUUCUAAUCUUGGCCUCCAUCAUUUCAGAUUACCAAAGCUGUCUCUUAACUGGUUUCUUUGUCUCCAACCUUGUGCACUUGCUAUUUAUUCUGUGUGCUGCAGCCUGAGUUUUUAAAAAACAGAAAAUAAGGGGCCGGGCGUGGUGGUGGCUCACGCCUGUAAUCCCAGCAAGUUGGGAGGCUGAGGCGGGCGGAUCAUCUGGGGUCAGGAGUUCGAGACCAGCCUGACCAACGUGGAGAAACACUAUCUCUACUAAAAAUACAAAAUUAGCCAGGCAUGGUGGUGCAUGCCUGUAAUCCUAGCUACUCAGGAGGCUGAGGCAGGAGAAUUGCUUGAACCCGGGAGGCGGAGGUUGCAGUGAGCAGAGAUUGCACCAUUGUACUCCAGCCUGGGCAACAAGAGUGAAACUCCAUCUCAAAAAAAAAAAAAAAAAAAGAAAA